GAUUAAUUCCAUCAUCUACCGGCAUUAUUAUUAUUCGUGUUAAUUAUCCCAAGAUUGUGUAAUCAAUCAGUGAAUAGAGGGCUAUGUCACAGUCAAAAUCGAAACGGCCAUCAUCCUCAUCAUCCUUAUCACAAGCCCCUCUAUUAUUGAUGCCAUCAGCUGUGUCGUCAACCUCCUCAUCGUCAUUGUCAACGUCUUCUUGUCAUCGUAUCUAUGGAUUUGUACAAUGUGUUAGUCAAAAAUUCAAAAUAAAAUCAAAAUAUCAUGUCUUGAUUAAGAUUACAUCGUGUGCAGCAGAUUGCUUUUGUCUACCUGUGCAUAAUAUUUUAGUUCAAUGGGGUUUAAAUUUUAUUGGAACAAAAGUUGCAGAGGAAUGUAAUAAAUUUAUACGUACAUGUCGUUUAAGACAAUGGGUGUGUAUAUAUCAACUUAAGGAGUAUAGAAUAUAUCACGAAAAAAAUCGUGAAAAGAAGAUAUGGUUAUUUAUUCCGAAUGAAAGUUAUGCAGAAGUAUGCCCAACAACACCAGAGAUCAUUAGUCAUAUGUCGUGUUCUCAAUCUCUAUUAUGCCCUAAAUUGCCUACUGGGUUGAUUACAUCCAUACAUUUACACCUUCUCCAAAUACAUGAUGAUGGAAUGUUCAUGUUUAAAGAUACUACUACUACUAAUACUAUGGGCAGUAGUAAUUACUCCUCCUAUGAAAUAUAUUAUUUACUAUUGAACUUUGAAAAUUUUUUGUUUCUAUCAUUGAGUGAGAUUUUAUCAGCGCUAGGAAAAAUAGAAACAAUUCAAAUUUUAAAUGUUUGGUGUUAUUUUAUUGGCUAUGAAGAUGUGAGAGAUGAAGAAGAUGAGACGACAAGCAACGGAAGGAGCAGGAGAAGGAGGCGUCUGAGGAGGAGACUGUAUGCUAUUCUUAUUCCUGGAAUCUACUCAUCCUCAAUAAUUCAUAAAUCAAAUCAAAUUUCAACUAAAACAUCUCUACCAAUCGAUAGCUACUUACACACACCAAUCUGCCAAAGUAAAUAUUGCCAUCAGGAUGACCAAUUCGACAGAAAAAGGCUUUCAUUAUUAGUACAUAACUUACAAUAUAUACAUGAUAUAUCUAUAAAAUGCCAAGCAACUGGUUUGAAAAAUGAAACAUUGCUUUCUAAGAUUAAUAAAUCAUAUUAUCAAAAAGGGAGAAAAGAAAAAGAAUGUGAACUUCCACAAAUCUAUCAACGUCUACGCUCUGUUUUAUUUAAACACUCAUUGAAGAAUAUUUCUACUAAUACUACUUGUACUACUGAUAAAUCAUAUCAGUAUACAGAAGAUUUUAUCGAAUUUCCAUUCAAUACAAUGUAUGAUAAGCUAAAAAGUAAUGAUUAUUGUUAUAAUUUAUCAGAGUUAAUGUCAAUUGUCUCAUUAAUAGACAGUCCAUUAACAAAUACUAAAGAUAAAUUAUGUAAAAUAUUAUCCGUUAAUAAAUGUGUCAGUUAUGCACUUUCUAUUCAUUCUGGAGAAAUCGUCAACAUCGGCACUACAACGAUGACGUCGUCAUUAUCACCAGAGGAGGAAGAAGAAUGGCAGUAUCAGUAUUCAUGGAAUAUUGAAAUACAUAAGAAAAUAUUAUCGUUCAAUGUUGACAAUAAAACAACUGAACACUAUCAUGUAUUGAAACGUUUAACUUGUGGCAAUCAAACAAUUCCUUUCAAGCAAUCAGAUAAUCUGAUGGUGAAAUAUUUGAAAUCAUUUCUGAUUGGUCCAAUUUCAUGGAACCACAAUGAUAGUUGUUUUCAUAUUCACGCAACAGAAGGUGUUAUUUUCUCCAACUUAUUUGCUACUACUAAUUACUGUAAUAGUAGUAAGGGAAUUUAUACUGAUAAAAAUAUCUCUCUUCCUAUAAUUCUCGAUAUGAAUACAACAAGUGGAAUGCUUUCAUUGAAUAUGCUAACAGAUAAUAGUAUAGUAUUAUUGAAAGAUGUUCAAUUGAUUGUCGAUGAAGAGUAUUCUCCCACAGAACUGUGUCGAAACCGCGAAACCCGUCUAAAUGAUCCACAGUCAUUGCCUAUGAUUCGCAGAAUCUAUAUCUAUGCCAAAGACAUCAUACCAUUACAAAUCAAUUACACUCGUGAAAAUAUUAUUCUAGGUGAAAACGACACUCACGAUUACCAAUCUUCAAUGAUUCUUCUCCAUUUAAGUCAGCUAUCUACCUCUACGCUUUCUGAAAUCAUCAAUAAUAACGCGUCUUCUAGUGUAAUACCUGAAGAAAUUCAAAUUCCUUUAUGCUCAUAUGUAUUUACUGGCAAAUCGAUCAAUCAUACUAAUGAUCCGGAUCAUAAUCAUGAUCCGAAUACUAUCAUCCACCAUCAUUUAACAUUUACUGGUUCUCUAGCCUAUCGAUGGUAUUCCAACUUUCAUAUUGGUAAGGAAUAUCACUUGACAUGGCGGAGAGUUCCUACUGCUUUUGGAACUCCCUCCCCGCCGAUGUCAUCUUCACAAUCCUCUGAAAUUUAUCAAUUGACAAAUGUCUCUGUAAUGAUUCACCAAUCAAAUAUAUCCAUGAUUGUUGAUGAUGAUGAUAACGAUGACGAGGAGGAGAGGGAGGAAAAUGCUGCCAUACAUUGUAUUAAAUUAAAUGAUAUUUUAAAUUCUCCGCCAAAAAAGAUUGAUUCAAUGUUCAAUUUUGAGGGUGUACUUUUGUUUAAAUCGUAUUGUACAUUGAACAAAGUAUGGACAGUAUGGAUGACAGAUAAAUUAUUAAAAUUAAAUAAUAAUAAUGAUAAUAAAGAAGAUAUAUAUGAAUGUGGAAUUGUCCAUCAAAUACAGAUAUCCAACAAUAACAAUAAUAUUAAUAAUAAUCACGAUCAUUUGAAGAAGUUCCUUAUGCAUAAUCCUGGCGAAAUUCUACCCAAUUAUUAUAAAUUUGUAAAUUUUAUUUUAACGCCGCCUGUUUCCUCAACAUCAAUGUUGUUAUACUGCAUAAAUGUGAUGUGUACACCCUCCUCACGGAUAAUUAUGAACGAAAGUGAGCAUUAUGUACUCUUCAAGGAUGUAAAUAAUGAUACGCUAUUUUUAGACAUGAUGAAUAUAUCAUUAGUGGAAGAAGAGAAGAAUAACACUGAGAGUUUAAUGCCGAUUGUAGAGAAUAGCAAUCAUUUCGAUUGGAUCAAUAAUGGAGGAGCAGGAGGUGGUGGGGGAGAUCAUGGAUCUGUAACCAAAGAAUGUAUUACUGUACAGGCUACAAUUUUACGAUGUUUAGAAUUUCAGAUAUAUCGUUCGCCCAAUAUUAACGAAAAUGAAACUUCUCCUAAUUUCGGUAUUUGUCUACGAUUUAUUAUCAGUGAUGGUAGUGGAAGUGCACUUGUACAGUUGGGGAAUCAUCCUGCUUCGACUGUCACUGGUGUUGUUACACCACCACAUCGCCCUACAUCAAAAUUAGCGCGUCUUCUAUUAGGAUUCAAUGUUUCAAUAUGGAAAAAAUUAUGCUAUCAAUUGAAUUGUUUGCUAUUAUCAUCAACAACACCAAUAAGCCUUUAUGAUGUUUUAAAUAAUAAUAAUAUUACUCCACAUGAAUAUACUACUUUUAAUUCAUCAAUAAAUGAUGUCGUAAUUCAUAGGAAGGAUUUCUUGUCGUCGAUAAAACAAGCAUUGAAAGUGUAUUUAGAAUCACCAGCAUUUUUAAGAAAUUGUCGUUUCACUCUGAAGAAACGUCAACAGCCAGUAAGAAAUAUUCCUUCACGAUAUCUUCAGCGUUGUACACCGUCUUCGACAUCAGUGGCGUCGUCUUCAGAACGUUGGAGAUUGAAACGUAUCAAUGUGACGAAUGGUUGUGAUUCAGCGACAUCGAAUAAUGACGGUGAUCAACACCAACAACAACACCAAUCUGUUUAUUUUGUUCUACCUCCGUAUAAAUUGUACACUUUGAUAAAUGUUACUUCGCAUAAUGAUGAUGUUAUUUUGAAAUAA